UCACCCCGCCAUGGUUCGCUUGGCGUUGUGGUGCGUCCUCUGGGGCUAUUUGCUGACAGCCAUAAGCAAACCGAGGCUCAAGAAGGGGAAUUGCCUUGCCCAGAGUUUUAUAACUCACUAAUGGUAGAACCUGGAUAUGAAUCUACAUCUGUUAAUUUCUAAGCUGUUUCCUUACCGGGUCCGCCCAAAUGCAUCUUCUGUAUGCGGAGAAAAUCAAUUCCUACAUAACAGUGUAUGCUGUAAUAAGUGCCCACCAGGAGAGAAGCUGGUGGAUGAAUGCACAGAGUUAAAGCAAACACAAUGCGUUCGCUGCACGAAAGGCGAAUACCUAGACACCUGGAACACAGAGAGACACUGUCAUGUCCACAGACACUGCGACCCCAAUCUAGGGCUCCAGGUCCAGAAGGAGGGCACUUUAGAAACAGACACCACUUGUGUCUGUAAGGAAGGCCAGCACUGCACUAAUAACGCGUGCGAGCACUGUGAUCUACACACCCCCUGUGGCCCUGGACUUGGGGUCAAGCAGCUGGGUACAGAGGCUUCUGAUACCAUCUGUGAACCCUGCCCGAAUGGCUUCUUCUCCAAUGUGUCAUCUGUUUCUGGAAAGUGUCACCCUUGGACAAGCUGUGAGAACAAAUACCUGGUGGAGCUACAGGCAGGAACCAACGUGACUGACGCUGUCUGUGGUUUCCAGAAUCGGAGUCGAGCCCUUCUGGUGAUCCCCAUCGUUGUCGGGGUCCUGAUUGCCAUCUUGUUGAUGUGUCUUUACUUCACUGAGUUCCCAGGAAGGGUGUUCAGGAAGCCGAAGGAUAAGGCCCUCCACGAUAAGGCUGAGUGGCAAGGUCCUGUGGAAACGAUUGAUCCGGAGGAUUUUCUUGGCCACAACACUGCUGCUCCAGUGCAGGAAACUUUGCACGGAUGCCAGCCAGUUACCCAGGAGGAUGGCAAGGAGAGCCGCAUCUCAGUGCAAGAGAGACAGUGAGACGGUGCCUAGCUAGGACCACGGCAGCAUGGGCACAGAGCACCUGACCGGAGAACCUGCAACUUCUGCAGUGGGGAUGGCAGGAAGAGGAGAGGUUAGCGCUGACCAGACACGGGCCCCUCUGCCUGCACUGCUGGAGUCUGAGGGCAGCCCUAGGCUCAGCAUGAGAAGCAGGACACAGUUCACCUUCGAGAACCUUGCGUACCAGUUCUGGAGCCCAUCCAACUUCCCUGCUUGCUUUUCAAGAUGGAGAGGGAACUUGUGUUGGGGGAAUACAGGAAUACCCACCAAGCCUCCCAACCCAACCAAGCAGAUUGGGGACCAGGCCUGUACCAUGUGAUUUCCACGAGCCCAGGGAGGCAGAGACACCAAUGCCGACCGCAACGUUGUCUGUCGCCAUGAAAAACUGGCGGCCACCUGACUGCCCAUCCACAGGAGACUGGCUAAAGAGGAUUGUAAUCAUUUAUACAACAGGAUCUCAAAAACACUGCCGCAUGAGAAGAAAGACUGUGGGAGGAUAGGGAUGAAAACUGCAAAACAAUAUAUAUACACGCUAGAUAUAAAAAAUGCAACAGUGUAUACAAUACUGUGUAUAUAUUGAUAUAUAAAUAUAGAAGAAUUGUGGAUAUAUGUAUAAAAA